AUGAAGCAAUUUGAGAAACUACCAAUUAUGAAGGAUGAAGUUACAAAAGAAAUCAUCCACUCGAAAUCAGGAAUUCUCAAACAAAAGAAGAAACCAGCAAAGAAGCCUACCGAUUCCCAGAUCAAGCAACCUGUGCAAGAACCUGAAAUCGAAAGUACUGAGCAAAAAAAUGUUGAUUCCUCAAAUAUUCUUUCUUCCCACAAUGGCAUCACUGUGAACUUAUUUGAUAAGGAUACAAAUGUCAACAUUGGUGAAGGGGUGAAGAUUAAUGAAUCAUCUUUCAUUUCUACCACUGGAACUUCAAGCAUCAAAACUUCAACCAUCAUCUCAUAUACAAUUGAAAAUUCCAUUGUUGAAACCUCUACAACAUUACCACCAAUUACAUCACCCAUUACAACAUCAAUUCUAGUAUCGACCACCUCACCAACAUAUUCUACUAUCAUGCAUGAACUAAUUACCACUCUCUUUUCUACUCAGUCCACUGAGGCUGGGAGAAUGAUUCAUGACGAAGAACCUAGUGAUGAUGAAAUCAUGAAACAAGAAGAAAGGUUAGCAAUUCAUUCCAAGAGCUUUGACUAUGAGAUUCAGAAGCUUCGUGACAUUUCAAAGGAACGUCAUGAACUAUUUGUUGAACAAGUGACUAAAAUGAAGGAGUCUGUGGAUCCCAAAAUUUCUGAACUUGAAUCUAUGUUGUCGAAAGAAGUUCAGAAAAUGGAGCAAAGCUACACUUUGUUGCAUGGCAAAGUGGAUGUCAUUGCGAAUGCUAUCACUAAGUUGGAUUACUUUAAUUCUAAGUAUAUGAAUAAGCUUGAAGCCAAGUCAAAAAAGGAUGCUUAG